UCGGAGCAAUAAAACAAGCUUUUAGAAUUCACUACAAACUUUCUUAUUCUGAAACCAAUUCACGUUUCUUAAGAUCCUAUCUAGAGAUGGGACUUGAGAAAAAACAAAACCUCUCCUUCGUACUCAUCUUUCUACUAGUCGGCUUCUUUGCAGUCUCUUACGCUUCCGUUCCUCGGAAAGUAAAUCCACAUCGACGCCUCAAUAUCUUGAAGUCCUUCGGAAAAUUCUUAUCCAAGCUUUCACCGAAAGUCUCCACCUCCAAGCCUUCACCGGAAGGCUUCCUCCACACGCCCUUUCCGUUUACUCCAAAACCAGUCCAAGUCAAGCGACCACGACCACCAGGCCCACCAACUCCAGAGUUCGAUCUUCCACCUUACGUAACCCCACCUCCUCCAGGCUUCUUCAAGCCUUGGCCUCCGCUGGGUGCUCCAGAGCCGAGUCAGUUUUAAGUCCACACGUAUAGUUCCAACAGUCCGCUAAAGUUUGUCGUAGUCGUCAAAGGCUGCUUCUCGUUCACAAGGCUUUCUUAGAUCGAUCUCUUGGUGUGUACAAUAAAAUAAAAUGAUUUAUGUUUU